AUGACAAUUACCAACGGAGCAUCAGACAAGGCUUACCAAGAAGGGCUUGCAGCAGCCAGCAAAGCGGCUGUGCCCAAUACAGUCAAAGAACGGAUUCUCCGAGGCGAGCUCGCUCAUUCAUUCUCUAUCAAGCUGGUCAAGAGCGUCGAGAUCAUUCAUUAUGCGGCUGCAGCAGGGUAUGAUGCGGUUUUGAUAGACUUGGAGCAUUCUAGUUUUGGUCUGGAGACUACAAACCAACUGAGUUGCGCUGCUUUACAGGUUGGCGUCACGCCAAUCGUCCGAGUACCCGCCAACACCUCAGACUGGAUCUCUCGAGCUUUAGAUGGGGGAGCAGCGGCAGUGAUCGUACCUCAUGUGAACUCGGUGGCAGAAGCAGAGAAUGUGGUACGAUACGCCAAAUUUGCUCCUUUGGGCGAAAGAUCAGCUACCAGUGGAAUGCCCAUCCUCAAAUACGCUUCAGUACCUGCCAAAUACGCCAAUCCUGUAGCAAACGAUGCUACACUGGUCAUCGUCAUGAUCGAGACGGAAAGAGCACUGGAGAUCGCCGAUGACAUAGCUGCUGUACCAGGAGUUGACAUCGUUCUAAUCGGAAGUUCCGAUUUGACCUCAGAUAUGGGUAUACCUGGAGAUUAUGACAAUCAACGGCUCGCCGAUGCUUACGCAAAGGUCUCUGCCGCCUGUAAGAAGGCUUCGGUUGACGGACGAAUAGUGACUCUAGGGAUCGGUGGUCUCAACCCCAGACCAGAUCUUAUCGAAAAGUUCGCGUCCUUACAUUCAAACGCAAGAUACGCUAUGUCAGGGGCCGAUAACUCAAUCAUGCUCAAUGGCAUGAAGGCUGGGGCUGCGAAAUGUCGGGUGAUGACUGAGAAAAUCGUUUCCGGUCGAAGUCAGUAG